CGGGUUUUCACGUCAAACAUCAAUUGUACUUUGCAAGGCACACAGUCAACAGCAAGGAGAUCAUUUCUCUAACGCUUUUUAUUAUAUUUUUUAAGAAAUUUUAUAUUCGCGGGUAACUAAGCAAGAGCAAUCGCAUUCAUAAGCCUUCCGAAGAUUCCCAAACUCUCACGACCAUGCCGCGCGGAAAGUAUGUGAAUCACAAGGGUCGCCUUCGCCAGUUUACGCCGGCGGACGUCUUGGAGUUGCAAAUGGAAAGGAUUCACCAGGAAGCAAACGAGGACGACACGGAGCAGGUGGAUAGCGAUGACCUGGAGUUCGAUGUGGAGGAAGACUACGCAUAUGACUAUGACUAUCAUCGCAACCGUGGCAUUGGUCGCCUGAUUGAGAUCUCCAAUCCGAAUCGUUUGCCCCGCAGCAAGCCGCUGAGCGUACUGAUUAAGGUGACAUCACCGCGGAACCAGCAGCGUGGCCAGGAGGAAGAUGCCACCAAGAAGAGGCGACGCGAAAAGAAGCGGGAGCGCAAGCAGUGCGAGAAUGCCCUCAGGAGCAAGGAGUCGGUGGCCGACCUGGCCAGAUUGGCAUUGGUCCGUAAGGAGCGCGAGGCGGCCGCCCAGCGCCGCCUGGCCGCCAAGCAGGCCGCAGCCGAGGCUGCCUCCAGUUCGAGCAUUUCCCUGAAGAAGAUCAGCCCCAAGUCAUCCGAGGACUCGGCCACGGACUUCCUGGCUCGCAAUCCAAAGGCCUGUCAACGGAAGAUCCGAUCUACCCGAAAGAAGUAGCAAUCAACUAGUUAGAUCCAAGCAAUCACACAAGGACACAGACAUUAAUGAAAACAAAAGAAAACCUGCAUAAAAAAUAACCCCCCCGAAUAUGGACACCCCCAAUUGGACACCAAUAACCCACUCAGACUUGGGUACACCCACCUUUAAAAUCGAGCAAGAACCUCAGAAAUGAACAGGAAAACGCCAGAACUGUAAAUCCACUUUGAAUACACUGUACAAAAUCGAAGCCAGUCACGAAACCAAAUCAAGCAGGCGUCGAAAAUUCAAAAAGUCGAAACCCCGUCUCGAAAUGCUAGUUAUGGUCAUGAAUUUCGUUUCAUUUCGAAGUUGGUUCUCUCGAUUCCACCAAUAAAUACG